UUAUUUGUAGAUAAUUGGCACGUGUCUUGUUUACGUUUUACUAACAUAAAUAAGGUUAGGAUUGACAUCAAUCAAUCGAUACAGGUAAAAAUGCAGAGAAUGAAGAGGCUGAAACGUGAGUAUGAGAAUCUAGAGCAAAACGAACAGGUCUCUUGCCGGCCAACCAAUGACAACAUGGAUACGUUCCGAGCUAUUAUAAUGGGACCGAGUGAAACCCCAUACAGUGGACGAAUCUAUGAAAUAUUGUUGAAUAUACCAGAAAAAUACCCGUACGAGCCACCCCGAGUAAACUUUAUCACACCGAUCUAUCAUCCUAACAUAGAUCCAACAGGUAGAAUCUGUAUGGACCUGUUGAAUAUACCACCUAAAGGCAGCUGGACACCCGUAAUCGGUUUAAGGAAUAUUCUGCAGUCUAUAAUGUGUUUAUUAAUGAAUCCAAACCCAGACGAUCCCUUGAUGCCUGAAAUCGCACAAGAGUUUAAGUAUAACAGAGAACUAUUUGAGAGGAAAGCGAGGAUGCUGGAGCCAGAGAAGAACGGUACAUGGGGAGAUGAUCCAGGCGUUCGACGUUUAAUUUAAAUCAGGGUUUAAUCCGAAGAGAUACAAAUCUGAAACUGAUGAUAUUUAAUUUAUUUCAUGUAAAAUCAAUAUAUAACGAUUGAAAUUCAUAAAUAGUCGUGGAAACGACCACGGGCAAUAGUGGCGCUAGUGUCGUUGCGCUCGGCUGUCACCCUUAAUUAACCUUUCAGUCGGUUUGCGAACGUCGACCUGUGCACAUCCUAUUAACUUCGCUUCUAAUCCGAACUCAAUCAUAACGUUUAUAAACAAAUUUCGGUUAUAAUUGUGAAGAAUCUGUGCAGCUAUGUGCCUUAUUAAAAUUUUAAUAGAUUUCAAAUAAAGUGUUCAAGACAGA